UUAAUGAAUAACUGUGGACGAGUAGGAGGCAAAUGCUGCCCCAGCUGUUUCCUGUUGAAAAUGUCUGUGUAAUGUAGAUAAAUGUGAGGGAUUUUCUCUCUAAAUCCGUCUCCUGUUCGCUAAAUCUCACUUCUCCAAAACGAGCCUGCGCAAUGGAACAUAGUCGGAAUAUUGAGAUGUGACAUUGCCUGCAUCUCAUCCUCUUUUAAUGACUUGAAACAAGUUCAUUUCGCCGGGCUUUGUCUUCUGGAGACCCGAAGUGAUGUCUUACGCUCUGUUCUUUCAUUGGCAUUUAUGUGAUGUCUUCAAGAGUGUGAUGUGCUGUAUCCUCUGUAGCCACGCCCUCUCACUACUGUGCGUCUUCACGCUGACUCCGGCGGCUGCAGGGGCGGGGCCAGAGACGCUGUGUGGGGCGGAGCUGGUUGACACGCUUCAGUUUGUGUGUGGAGAUCGAGGCUUUUAUUUCAGUAAGCCAACAGGCUAUGGUCCAAAUUCACGGCGGUCACGGGGUAUUGUGGAUGAAUGCUGUUUCCAGAGCUGUGAGCUGCGACGCCUGGAGAUGUACUGUGCUCCAUCUAAGACAAACAAGCCUCCUCGUUCUGUGCGCUCACAGCGCCACACAGACGUGCCCAGGCCUGCCAAGGUUAGUACUGCAGAGCAAGUGGACAAGAGGUCAGAGCGUAGGACAGCAAAGCAGCCAGACAAGCCAAAAAACAAGAAGAGAUCGACACAGAGCCACAGCCAUUCAUCCUUUAAGGAAGUUCAUCAAAAAAAUUCAAGCCGAGGCAAUGCAGCUGGUAGAAGUUACAGAAUAUAAGAAGGAAGUGGAUGGACAAAAGCCCAGCAAAAGCAAAGGGAACGGCCUUACCUGGUCUCGCUGUGGCAUGGUUCAAUGUAAACCAGUAGGUCUUUAAAAGGUUUGAGAAGGACCUUAAACACUGCACCAUUCCACACUGGGACAUCUAAGCAGCUGAGACACAAACAAGUGACAAGUGACUCAUGACUUGGUUAGAGAUAAAACAAUCACACAGUGCUGGGCAGGUGGACCACACUUUGAAGAGACACCUACCUCUGAGAAACUGGAUUUAUGUGCUCAUUGGUAGGACAGGACACCUAAUCAACACCCGCAAACACAUAUUGUGUAAACUCUUCUGGACUUUGUAUUAACCUAAGCAGUAUUGUUCUGAUCACAUGGUGUUUUAUUUGGAUAAAGAAAUCCCUUCUGUAUGGUGCUUUUUGUGAUUUGGUUUGCAGACACACUCCGAUAGGGCUUAUAUCACAGGUCCUCCCUUUUACACAGAUGUGUGGCCACUGGUUUAUCCCCUUGAGUC